AUGCCCCAGCUACACCAUCUCACGCUCAAUCCCAGCCUGAGAAGAUACUACGCUCCUAUCGAAGUUAUCCACCUUCCAACGAGAGCUGCGUUUCAGACUCUGAGAUCCUUUCGACUUACAUCGAUCACGUACACGCUUUCACAAUCACCACUACCUCGAUUAUUGACCGCACUCUCCUCAUCUAUGGAAGCCGUCACUCUCGGCAUUAGUGCCUUCCCCGAGCUAGUGGAUGUAAUAGAGACGAUCUCCUCUCAGUGGUCCGAGACGAUCCAAGAAAUUUCUCUCGAAGUCCUUUAUCAGCCACCCCUGUUGCACCCCCAUCUUACGUUAGAAUGGUCGGCCCUCACCCCCCUCCUGGCGUGCAGGAAUCUCAAAGUGCUCGAAAUCGACCUCGGAAACCCCGUGGAGCUGACAGAUUCUCGGGUCUCUCUCUUGGCAGGGGCGCUACCUCAUCUGCGCAUCCUGCAUAUCCACUGCACGAGGUGUCUUGGGCCAUCAGAAUACAUACCCACGGCGACUGUUCAUUCUCUGGCUGUCCUGGCCUGUUUGGAGAAUCUCACGGACUUAUCGCUGGACGUGAAUCUCGGUUGUCUCUCCCUCACCUCUGAAGACAUCCAAAAGGCCGCAAAUCCAAGAAUAAAACAGUUCCGCAGCGACAUCCUCGGCGGCCAUUCUUCAAUUGAAGUGAUCAAGGAGAGAGUGAGGAGGUUGUUCCCGAGCCUUGGGGUCGUGCUUAUAGUGCCCGGUGGACUCGGCCCAGGACAGUUUAGCGUGGAAGGAGGUGAGAAAAGGAAAGUGGCUGCGUGGCCUGCAAAGUUGCUGGAGACGUAA